UCUCAGCCUCUGGGAGGUGAAAGAUGGACACCCAGGUUGUGGUUCUGGUUCGCUGGUACCGGCAGCAGCGGGGCUGAGGGCGAGCUGACCCGGAGCUGAGCAGUCGGAAGGCGGCGAGGGACUGCUCUGACCCCGCGGAGUGACCGAGUCCUGUUGACAGUGGCGCCCCCCUGCCGGGCGGGGCAGGCAGAUGAUGAUGCGAGUUGGGGGUAAGUGGCUCAGUAACGGAUCUGAGGCUCUCAGCAGUGACCCUGAGGAAGAGGAUGAUGGAGAGGAGAUGGUGUUUGGGGAGAACGAUGACGAUUCAGAGGAGAUGAUGGACUUAAGUGAUCUGCCAACUGCACUGUUUGCCUGCAGUGUACACGAGGCCGUGUUUGAGGAGGACAGACAGAGGGAGCGGUUUGAGUCGUUGUUCCGGAUCUAUGAUGAACAGACAUCGUUCCAGAUGUUUAAGAGUUUCCGGAGAGUCCGAAUCAGCUUCAGUACACCGGAGGCAGCGGCUCGCGCUCGAAUUGAGCUCCACGAGUCCGAGUUUAAUGGCUCCAAACUCAAACUCUACUUCGCACAGGUGCAGAACACAGGUGAGGAUGUGGAUAAGACGUUCUUGGCUCCUCCUCAACCUGUGAAACAGUUCCUCAUCUCUCCACCUGCAUCUCCGCCCGUGGGGUGGAGUCAGGGGGAAGACGCCACACCUGUUAUCAACUACGACCUCCUGUGUGCCGUGGCGAAACUGGGACCAGGGGAGAAGUACGAGCUGCACGCGGGUACAGAGUCCACCCCCAGCGUGGUGGUGCAUGUGUGCGACAGUGAGACGGAGGAGGAAGACGAGGCCCGGCCGAAGAUGAAGAUCGUCCAGACCAGACGUCCCGAGAGCCCUCCAAAAGUCUUCAACUAAACCCCCGCCCUCCCCCAAACUUCUCCACCUGCACACACACACUGCACGUGUCCUCUGUCUCGACCUGUCUCUCUCUCUCUCUCUCACACAUGCUGGGGAGGAGGGGGAAGACACCCUUCAUUUCAGCUCUAAUAAAAAAAACUAAGAUAAUAAAACAACAUUUGAAUGAAGAUCAAGCCGGACGCUGAGGGGAGGGGCUAAUGUCGGUUGCCUCAGUGAUGGACAGACAGAGUUGGUCUGGAUUGGAGGAAACGAACGCGACACACAGACACAUCACUGUCCCACGGAGCAGACAGGGUGGCGUUUUUGCUGGGGUCGGGGGUCUGAAAAACACCCCCCACCCUAGUCCUCACUUUGAUCCAAGCACUUUCUCACUCUUUCUCUCACUCUCUCUCACACUCACUCAUGUAGAAUUAGUCCCAUUAGUGUAGCAAUAGAGGUGCUGUAGUAAUAGAGUAUAUCUGUCUGUAGCCGUAGUGGGUUAUUAUUAUUAUUAUUAUCGGACUUUGUUUACGAUCAUUCACUAAAAUCAUAAACGCUUUAAGAGAAAAAAGGGAAGCAUAAUGUUCUUUUUUCUUUAUUGUGUUUUCUUUAUUGACUUCAUAAUGCAUUAGGAUUUUUUUUUUGGGACAUAUCAUCAGGCGAUGUGUUGGGAUGUGUUUGAAGGCCGCGUGGUACGGACGCGUAUGUAUGAGACACAAACACGAAUGUACUGAGGGUCAGUCACAUGCAUAAGCACAUGCUGUGAUGCCGUGAUGUUUGUGAAGAGGCUGGACUUUUCCUUUUUAUUUAUUGUUUUCAUUUAUUUUAAUCAAUAGAGGCUUUGACAUGUUUGUUUACUGAACCUAGAUGUGUGUCGUUGUGAUAAUUAUUACUAUUAAUACUAUUAUUGUUACCAUGUAUUUGAUACCACGCCUUUUUUGCAUGCUGACUGCUGUAGUAAACUGGGAGGACGGCGCGUUUUAUACUGAAGAUGAAAGAGAAAUUCUGAGCAAAAGAAAAAACAAAAAAAUGUGUUUUGAUUUUGAUGCAUAUCCCCCUAUUUAGGAGGCUGUACAGUUGCUGGAAGGGGUGGUUUGUAUAUAUGUAGCUUUACGGAUGUUUGAGAAAGUGUGAGGGGGUUAAAUCUAUAUUAAGUGUUCUAUUUUUUUUUUGUUUGUUUGUUUGAUUGUGUGUAGUCCAUCCUCAACACUGUGGUCCAUUUCUGGUCAGCCAGAGAUUUUUCAGCAUGCUUUUCCUCUCUUGCAACUUUAUACUGUACUGAUUGGUGGUUAAUUCCAAUGUUACAGUCGUAUUGCACCAGUUCAAACUGAUGAUAUAUCAGAGCUUUGGCCUAUCACUGGCCUUCAAGACCCAAAUAACACUAAAAAGAGGGCAGUUCAUAGCAUUACUACUGUGAUUACAGACCCUUUAGAAACCUUUUGGCCUUUUAAAAACUGUCCUGUGUGCAUCUGAAGCAAACUGUUUGUAUAUCAUGAAUAUUCUCAGUUGUUAAACUCAUAAGAAGCCCUGCUGACCUCAGUUCCAUCUUAUUUCCACAUGCUUUUUGCAUGCAAUAUGAGCUUUUGCAAUAUUUAAUUCAUGAAAAUCUCUAUAAAGAAUCUGCACACAUAAAAUAAGAAUAUUAAUAUAUAACUGUGAUUUUAUGUCCUGUUCUCAGGGCAGUAUGGCUUCAUCCCAUCGCUUCACUCUCUCUCGCCCCACUGAAUUUGUCUGGGCGCUUAUGGAGAAACCAAACUUUAACAGUGUGUGUUAAGAGGGAGUAUGUGUGUGUGUAUAAGGGCCGCCAUGGUGGGCUCACCUCAUGAAAGCACUUUAUUACUGCUGUAAUUGUAUCUUCGAGCUGGCGCUUGUAUUUGACCUUUUGGUUUCAUGUAUUUAAUUUUACCUACGUGUUCUAUUAGUGGUACAAGCACGAAAUGUGCUGGUACCAUUCUUGCUUAAAAUUUAAUUAAAUGUAUUUCAUGUUUUGGAGGGUACAAAUCACCCGGGUAGCCUUCUCACCAGCAGAUAACUAGUCCGAGUGCGUUGCACCACUUGACUUGCUGAUGUUGUUUUUCUUUUGUUUGUUUUUUUUGCGGGGGGGGGGGGGGGGCUGUUUUGUCUGCUUAGUGGAGGGGGUCUUUAUUGUGUGCAGAAAAACAAAGUGGUUUUAUUUGCUGUAACAUAUUUGAGUGUGUGCGUGUUUGUGUGUGUGUGAGAGAGAGAUAGAAAGUGUGCAUGUACACCUUAAAAAGGGAAAGAAAACUGAGUGUCAGUACUAAAAUCAAUGUGAUGCCAAUCACUGUUUAGGUAUCAGAUGUUGAUGAUGAUGACAAUGAUGAAGAUGAUGUUCUGGUGUUUUUUACUGUUUGCUCUGUCUGAGUCUUCACAUUUCUGUACUUAAAAAAAGGAAGCCUGUUGGACUUUGUAUUGUGAUCAAAAACAAACUUGAGAAUAUUUUUCAUGAAUUCUGCAGAAAGUGGGUUCUGUCACUGGUGUUCCCGUUUCCGUUGGAAUAUAAAUAUCGUCUUGUGCCGUAGUUCAUAGCUGAAGAAGAAAACAAAACGUAGCAACGAAGCAAUAAUUCCUUGUGUAUACCUGCGUCUCCUCUCCCGUAGGUGUUUCUUUGAUUGAGUCAUAUCUUUAACUGUCGACUUGCUUAUGUUUGUGUAGGUAUGUCAUUUGUUUCACAUAGAUAUAAUAUAUAAAUAUAUAAAUAAUUAUAAUAAUAAGAAUUCAUAAAAAUG